AUGCAGCGUGCCCGGAGGCUGCCAGUGCUUGCCCAGUGCCCGCCCAGUGCCAGUGCCCCCGACGCCUCCUCCAAGCACACAGGUCCGACCUCGAGCGCGCCGCACGUCUCGAGCCUCGACUUGCGCGCCUCCCCAUGGCGCGAUGAUCAGACGCAACCAGCACUCUUCCUCGCCGUCGGCGCCGGCCCAUUCGUCUCCGCGAGCCCUACGCCGUCCGCCCCCGAAAUCCAUGACCCUCCCCGCGACGCCGCGCGCCGGUCCCCCAGCCCGCACAGGUCGCCCACCCCGUCCGACCACGCCUCGAAGAUGGGCAGCCGGCUGGCGCAGAACUCGACUCAUGACCCCGACCAGCAACAGCAACCACAACAACAACACCAUGAGAAGCCCGCCCCCGCGCAGACCCGGCCGCAAAUGCCCAUCUCCGCUUCUGCCCCCGCCGGCCGCCUCCCGCGUCUGCUCCCCGCCGACGUCUCGCAGUAUUCCGAGCCCACAUUCCAUCCUGAUAUAGUCUCGACCUCCUCGACCUCGCUCGCCGAGCUGGCCCACCUCAUUCGCCUACAGAGCUACCAAGAACAACGCCGCUGCCAUGCCCGCGUGCGCCUGCACCGCUCGCUGGUGGCCAACGCCCUCUCCGCGCGGCUGGUUCAUUGCGGAGAGCUGGUUCACCGCACACUGGUCGACCACUUCCGGUCCGACGACAAGAAGGGCUUUGCCCAGCUGUACAAUGCGCUCCACGAUGUGCGCAAUUCGUGCGACGCAACCCGGCGCUAUGCGCUGCUGGAACCCGAUCUGGAGUUUGGGAAGACCAAAACCCUGAAAAAUGAGCGCGUUAAUUCUUUUUCUACUUUUAUGCAUGAGAUACCCACCAAAACCCGGGAUGAUCUGUUGGAGUUUCUUUCCGAGUUGCGCACUAACCCAGACUUUCUUGCUACCCGUAUCACCAGUCUUUCGCAGCAGGAGCUGGCCUCGUUGACCACCUUCCGCCAGGCCCUGGAUCCUAUAGAUUCCGUCAUGGCGUUACAGGCCAGGGGCAAACCCGUCCCCAGUUCCCAGAAGUCUCAGGUUUUGUCUGGCUCCACAGCAGUAGAACGUCUACUGUCUUUUCAACGCCAUGAUCCCCUUUCCGCUCUCAUCUACACCAUCUUUGCCAACUCUUCUGGCCCGGACUCUACCGAGGAUCUCCGCCGGACGGAUAUUUGGUCCACCACCUGUGCCAGGCUCAUCACUGAGGGGAAGCCAGGCAGUGACAAGUUCAUCAAGAGCGUCCUGGAUGCCUGGGCCGGGAUGCGGGAAUGGCCAGGAAAGACCAAUCUGGAACUCUACCUCAUGGAGGUCCUACAGGAUGGCCAAUUCCUUCUUGAGAAGACUGAGGACGCAUCCAGGCAAAGAGGCCAGCCCGAGGCUCGGAACACCAAGGAUACGAUUGCCGCGGAUGAGUUCUACGAUCGAUCUGUCCUGAGGUUGUUCGAAGUCAUCGAUGAUGAGCCAAGCGCCGGAGGCAUUCCUGAAGGCAUUCUAGAGAUAGGUACGGCAAUCCUGAAGAAACUUGAGGACUCACGGAAGCAUCGCACUGCGGCACAAACCUUUAUCGUCUCGAGAUGGUUCUUUUCGACGUAUCUUCUCAACGCUAUAAUUCACCCAGAAAGCCAAGGCAUCAUGACAGGUCACCACAUCACGGAGCAUGCGCGGCAAAAGAUCCUGAAGGAGAUUGCCAUCCGGGCGCAGAAGCAGGUCCUGGACAUGACCUACAAUUGGAAACAAGCCGUCCCCAUCCUACCAGAAAUCCGCCACCACAUCGACAACAUCAUGAACAGGUUCAAGACUCGUGGUCCCCACAAGCCCGUUCUUCUUCCUGCCAAGGCAAUCACUUCUCCUCGUGAGACUAUAGAGGUUCAGCCCUUUGUUGUCAUCUGUCCCUCCGAUAUUGUCACCAUUGUCAACAGCCUGUACCCUGAGAGACGACCAUCGUCCAGUCACACCGAAGAUGGCCAUCACCGCGGCCUAGCGUCCGGGGCUUCAUCUAUCUCUGGUGUUUCCUUGGCUUUCCGCAACUCAUCGCUUGGAGAUGCGAGCUCCAUCUUGAGUCAAAGCGCAGCAUCCUCCAUGACCAGUGAUACCACUUCAAGGGAGCCGCUUCUCGAGCCACAUCUUGGACCCGUCGAUAGCCACCAUCCUCUUGCUACAGGUAAUGGCUAUCCGGAGAACGAGCACAAGGUGGAGCCUACUGAGGAAUACGGCCAUAAGAUCAGGAUGACUUGCUCGGAACUGACCCGAAUUCUUAACGCCACGGGCUCUUGUCACCCGUGUGCUGAGAAGUGGGCCGUCCUCUACGUUUCCUCGGAUGGCAAGGAGCUCAGGACUCGCAUGCGCAAAGACACCGAGACUGAUGACGAGCCUGACGAGGAUUCUACCGAGAGCGAAAGCGAGGAUGAAGGCCUCGGCGACAGGAUGGAGCUGGAGAACGAUUACCAUGCAAUCAAGAUGGCCAUCAUCAAGCUGGUCGAAGAGUACGAGAUCCCGAAGGAGCUCGCUCCUGAGAGUGAGUCCAAGGGAUUCAGCAACCGGGCGUCCGCUCUUCGCCGUGAGGCACGGCCGUCUGGCCCCAACAGGGCAUCGUCAGCGCCCCUUGGUGACAAGAACCCGUAUCACAGCACCAGCCAAAGCCAGCUGUCGACCAUGUUUGCCAACCAGAGAGGGACUCCUCCAUCAAGGAUGAGGCUAUCUCACGGUCGGAACAACUCGAACGCGGAUCUGAAGGAUCCCGCAAGCGAGAAACCUUCGGUCCUCGUCACGAUGCUCGAGGCUGCCAUGAACCAAUGUCAAGCCCGCUCGGAUUUCGUCAACGCGCAUCUUUACUUCAAGACACUCCAGCAGCUGCGGAAGAUCCAAUCUGCGUCUCUCACACGCAAUGGGUACGCUGCAUUGCUGAAUUACUUUGGCCGAGGCCCACGGGAGUCGGUCGCCAAGUCAAGUAGUGCCAUUGAGGAGUUCGAGGCCUGGUUUGUGUGGCUCAAGCAGUCCCAGGAAAGGCAUGAUGAGGCCAUCGAGGACAUGAUGAAUGGCAUGAAGUCCCUGAGAGACAAGAUGUGGUACAUCACUGAUGUGCGCAAUUCAGCUGGCUAUGAGGAAGCCAAGAAUGUUGCGCUGGCAUUGAAGAUCAUGGGUCAGCCGACCAAGACCCUGGAUGGCAAACCAAUCCAGACCCACCGCCCACGCAAUCCCUCCAAGGUCGCCAACAAUUUCCUCUUGAAGACUGAAGCGCAGGUUCUCGACCUGAUGGCCGCCCCGUCUGACCAUGGUGGGCCCAAUAAGCUGGCUGACGAACAGUCAGACAUGACGCUUCGUUGGCUCAAGCAGUAUGCAAUUGAGAGUUCGUUCUGCAAAGGUGAGGAGCGGAUACAUCGCUUCUGUCUGGAGAUCGACAAGUGCGUCAACAAGCUCGUCGGUGAUGGCAUUCUCGAUGGACCUGUCCUUUGGUCCAGCGAGCUGUACCGUCGGGAUAAGGAGGUUCUAGACACUGGUCGCCAGAAAGGUGAUUUGUACCUGACUGGCGUCGGCACUCUGAGCAUUGCCGGUGAUGAAGAGUAUGAGUCGCACCCAGGCAAGUCGAGUCUACGCAGCCUCGACUUUGCGCAACGUGCCAGCAACAGCAGCCUGCGCUCUGUGCAUCGCAACGGCUCUCAACAGAGCUUUGAUUCCGGUAAGUGGAGCGGAUCGAGGCCCCUCGAUCUCAUGGACUCCCAGGACUACUUUGGCGGCUCCAGCCCGGUCCUGUCCAUUGAUUCCUCCAAUACGUUUUGGUCGCCUUUCCAGACUCAGGCUGCGACGUCGCCCACGAGCGCAACCAGCAUUCGUCCAGGUUCUUCCCGCGGCACGGUUAUGCUGAAGCAGUCGGCGACCGUGAACGAGGACAAGCGUCGGUUCCUGCUGGACCUGAAACAGACUUUGACAGGCUUAAUCCUCAGCGAUCUGGGGACCAUUGUUUUCAGCAACGGUAGUGAGACAGAUUCAUGGUUCUCCGGUGAACUUGGUGAGGAGUGCCUCGUCCGCAAGGAGGAAGAAGAGAAGCGUCGCAAGCGCGCUGCCCGUAAGAAGAGCAUGAGGAACCUCCGAAGCGCAGCGAAGGAGCAGCGUGGUGGUCCCGGCUCAGAAAACCAGUCCUCUACCGAGCACUCCAGCUCAGGUACUGAUGCCACUGCCCGUUCGGCAGGCAUUUCCGCCAAGAAGGCCGGCCUUCUCGAGUUUCCCUUCAACUCUGCUUUCCGUCGCCUUUUGCACAAGUUCGCCACUCACCCUAACCCUUUCUCGAAGCUUCAUGCGCUGUAUGAGCUUGAGUUGUUGAUCAUCGCCUCGCUCAGCAGCCGCACCGGCCGGCACUACAGCCGCAGAGAGACGCUGCCCACGGUGCCGCAGUCCCCGACUCUGGGAUCUGUGCCUGAGUUCAGCUCUCGUGAGGCUACCGCUAAUCACGUUCAGGCUCAGAACUUGGAAGAAGCCAUUGCCAAUUGCGAAGGUAGACGCUCGCACUCCAUGAUGAACGGCCAAGAGGCUUCGGCUGCGCCAUCUUUCCGCAACGGUGCUCGUUCACCAACCGGGCCACCCAGCACCGACAUGAUAGUCGAUGUGCUCACCGGGUUGUUCCGUGAUGCCAACAUCCGACCCAAGACGCUCUUCCGCGACCUGCAGUACAUCGCAUCCUUUGUGCCUGCACAGAUGCUCGAUAAGACUGCGCGCGGCAAGGCGUUCUGGGAUGCUGGGCUCGCCGCGCUUGGUCUCAAGCAAGACAUCUGCCGUAUUAUGGUGGAGAUUGCGGACGACAUCGUGGCGCUGAACACGCAGAAUCGAUCUGCGGCCCUGCAGCACGCUGCCAACAGCAGCAGCGGCGCCUCUGAGAAGGCUGGCAUCACGAACGCCGCGGUCGCUCCGUCUCCGGACGACCCGCUGAACAAGUUCACCAUGGAGGAUGCAGCGCGCAUGCUCAUCAUCACUGCCAAGGAGGGCGAUGCGGUGGCUGAGCGUGAACUCGCCAUCUUCUACCUGACGCAUCCCGACCUGCUGCCACGCACGACGCUGCCUUUGACCAAGCCCACCGAGGUGUUCAAGGCGGAGCUGCUCCAGCGUGAUCGCAAGCGGGAAGAUCCUGCCCGUAGCGACCCCAUCACCAUGUGCGUUGCGCAGCACUGGAUGGAGAUGUCGAAGCGUGGCGGCGAUCAGUUGGCUACCAAGUACCUCCGAGCUCGCGACGAGAUGGAGAGGAUCCCAUAG